AUGGGUGUGUACUACCAACAGCCGGGCUCGUCCAGGACGAAGCUACUGAUGCAAACGCGCUACCUACUGACUCUGUUAGUUACAAGAAUCCAUUCAUACGCGAAAGGCACUGAGCUCAGCUCUCACCUCCACUAUACUAGAGAUUUGAACGCGGGCGAAGCCUUUUUUACUUCGUUUUUCGCGAGCAGAAAGAUUCACAAGAAUUUUGUUUCAUUUACCGAGCCAGGCGUUCCUUUUCAGCAGCAGCGGAUAGAGAAUAGUUACAGGGCUUCAGUGCAACGAGAUGACUCGUCUGCCGGUAGUUUUCGUAACAUCGAUUCUCUUUUAGUUGUCUCUCCUGGUUUCGUUCCCGGUUCGCCAAGUGAUUGUCGGCCAACUUUUCCGUUUUGACUACUCACUACUCUGAAAUGCAUUUUAUUCACUCGGCAGCUUUCCAUUAUGGUCCCUGCAUGUGCUACUUUCCUAGUCGCAUCGCUGUACAGCUGCAAAAACUAUGGAAAUAGAAAGCGCUUCAGAAACUCUGAACAGGUGAUGAUAAAAAGACCUUAGCCUGCUCUGUUGCGGACAACAAAUUUCUAUCGCAACAUGAUGGAGGUCAGCGAGGACACCAUUUGCCUUUGCAAACUUGCAGAGAG